ACAAAUCAUGCAGCUGCUAAAACGGUAACACAUUACGACAUGGUUGUAUCUCUUGCAGAAUUGCCAUUCGCUCCAACAAGACCCACCACAACGCAGAUAACUGCAGACUGGAUCACCAUCACAUGGAAGCAUGGAGGAGGCCCCCAGGUGGACUCUUACACCUUAUACUAUCGCGCCAAGAGCUCGAGUCAGUGGAUAGUCAUCAAAGACAUUCGUGGCCGAACAUCUAUGAGUUUGAAGGAACUCCAGCCUUAUACUACUUAUCAAUUUCGCCUGUUUGCUCUGAACGACCUGGGGACCAGCAAACCUAGUCCUCUGGCUGAAUUCAAAACAUCCCCAAAAGCACCCGGAACACCACCAGGGAACAUCCAAGCCAAGGGACUCUCAGACACCUCAUUCGAAGCAACAUGGCUGCCACCAAGCCAACCAAAUGGCGAGAUCCUUGGAUACCGGCUGUACUACGUGACUGAUCCAAAGCUUAAGAUCGACCAGUGGUUGUACAGGGCGUCAGCAGAUAACCAGACCCAGAUCACAGGACUUCUUAAAAUGACAACGUACUACUUUAAGCUGAUCGCUUACAACAGCGCUGGUGAAGGACCUCUCUCAGAUCUGUUCGCUGUGAUGACUGCACAGGGUGGUGAGUGGUCACUUACUCGAAGAAGAGGCACCCCUCCCUUAUAGUUAUCAUUGUCGAUCCUUUUUAACCCGUGAUUUGCGUAAGAAAGCUGCAGGUUAUAGUGGUCGAUCGUGACCAAGGCACUAAAAAGGUCGGUGUAAGGUUGUUUGUAGGCGGGGAAUGGUACUCUUAGAGUAAAGUGUCCUGCCUGACAAGGCAAGGUCUGAACCCAUUGUAGAGAACUUGAUCUAGAGUCUGACGAAACAAUUAAUGGGCCACAACGCCUGCCAAACCUGCGGAGUUGUCCAGAGAUAUGCUUUAACGCCAAUCUCGUUCCCAGAGCCUUCGUUGCCCUUGUCCAGCGGCUUCGUUUUCCCGUUCCGCUAGGCAAGGGUAACGAAGGCUCUGGGAAC